AUGAGUUUCCUCGGCGAUCUCGUCAACACGAUUGGUGGCGACAAAGCUCCUGCGCCGCCUAUCAGACCUUCUUCGAGACCAGCGAGCACGAAUGCUCCAUUGUCCUUACUUUCGAAGAGUGCGCCUUCUACACCAUCCGGAGCACCGAAUGCCAAGCCGGUCUACAAAGGAACAGCUGGCAUUACAUCGUCUCAACAGGGCGGUGGUUUAAAGAGGAAAGCUGAAGAUAUUUCUACUGAACGACCUAAAACCACUAAACCGAACGGAUCCGAAACUAGGUCUCCCAUCACAUCAAAACCUCCUUCAAAUGGCUUGCCGUCCUCUAUUGCACCACAAACCACCGCAAAGCCUUUAGCAAAACCGGCCCCGAGAGGUUCGUACGCUGAUCUGUUAGCGAGAGCGAAAGAGGCACAACAGACAAAGACGCCAAGUCAGAUCGGAAUGAUCCAUCACAAGGCAACGGACAAAGUCAAGCCAUCUAAGCUAAACGAAAAGUUGGCUGAGAGGAAGAAAGAGGACCAGGACAAAAGCAAGCCAGGUUUACCACUGUCAAAAGCCGGUACAACUGGAAAGUCUGAAUCUCGAUAUCGAAUUGGUAGUCCCGUGAAGAAGGUUGAGAAAGACAUUCCAAAACAGCCGAAGAAGCCGCAGCCACCACUGCAUGGACCAGCGGUGUACAAAGGUACGAUGGGCCAGGCAGCCAAGCGGCCAGUAGACGAGAUUCGUCGUAAGAAGCCAAGUCGAAACGAUGACUACCUCGGUACAGAUGAGGAAGACGAAGGAGAUUAUGGCUAUGACGAUGAGGAUGAAGACGAUUAUGGUUCCGAUGCAUCAGACGCCAUGGAAGGUGGUGGGUUUGACGAACUUGAGGAAGAGGAACGUAUGGCAGAGAAGAUUGCAAGAGAUGAAGAUGCUCGAGAGUUGGCACUAGAGCAGAGAUUGAAGAAGGAGAAGCUGGAGAGGAAGCAGAAAUUGGCGGCUUUGGCUAAGAAGCACAAAUAA